AUGGCCGUUCGGGCUCCAGUUCUGCUAUUUCUCGCUGUAGCGUUUACAGCAACUUUAAUCCACAGUGCGACUUUACCGAGGCUAACAGUGCCCCAUAAUGUACAUUCAGGCUAUGAAAUAGCCAGGUUGCGGCACGUUGGACAGAAAUAUUCAAUCAAUGCGGUCGGUGAUGCCGCGAACAUUUUUCAAGUGUCGUCGGACGGCGUCGUAACAACGCGAAGAAAGUUAACAAAUCGUGCCAACACUGUAGUCGUUCUUGGUAUCGACCAAACGACAGAUACAAACUCAUGGCAGGAAAUAUUUAACGUUUACAUCAUAGACAAUGUAUCAAAUGAAGUACAUAUUGUAAUUACUGUUGAAGAUGUGAAUGAUGAGUCUCCUCAAUGGUCUAUGCCUGUGUACCCGUAUAAUGCAGUUGUACCUACCAAUGCUCCAACUGGUGUGUCCAUAUAUCAGUUACAAGCAAGUGAUGCUGACAGUAAUUCUCUGAAUUAUAACUUGGAUUCUACAUCAGAUGACCAAGGUCUGUUUGAAGUGGAUCAAACCACAGGCACCAUUCGUACCAAGUUACAAGGAGGACAGAGAUACCAGGAGGGAUUUGAGUACAUCCUGAGGGUUAGAGCCAAUGACGGUGUCAACUACAGUCCUUUAGCAGCUGUGUCUAUUAUAGGUGGGAGACGUCCACCACAGUUUGUCAAAGCAAGAUAUGAAGUUGAUAUCCCUGAAAAUACACAAUCUGGUUAUGCUUUGGUUCGUGUUGAAGCGUUUUCCUUCACCCGUGGCACUGUAGUCACCUAUCAAUUUAUGUCACAAGGAGCAGAUCUGAUGAUCUUCACUAUUGGAACUACAAGUGGUCAGAUAACAGUCAAUAAAGCUUUAGAUUAUGAACAAGGUCCAAGACGGUAUACCCUUAGAAUAAAAGCUAUAGAAGAAGGUUCUGAAGGCCUAUCCAGCUCUGUCGAUGUGGUGGUAUCAGUGAUUGAUAUAAAUGACUGCACACCCAGGUUUGAACAAAGUUUGUACACUGUUAAAAAUUUUCCCGAAGAUGCCAGUACUAAUGCAGAAGUAGUAACAGUAUUGGCAACUGACUGUGACAGUGGCACUAAUGCACAACUUAGUUAUUCUAUUGAUAACAAUGCUUUCCAAAUAAACAGCCUCGGAGAAAUUAGGCCAAGUGUAAAGUUGGAUUAUGAGAGUACCAAUAGCUUGUACACCAUAAUAGCAACAGCAAAAGACCAUGGAUCACCAAGUAAAACUGGUACAGCUACCAUUAAUGUUCGUAUCAAGAAUUAUAAUGAUGAGCCACCUCGUUUUUCACAAAACACAUACAAGUAUUUUGUAGCAGAGAAUGCACCAGAUGGAUUUCAAGUUGCCACAGUAAUUGCUACUGAUCCUGAUGGUGAUGGAGUGAAGUAUAGCAUUUCUGCUGGUAACGAAGACAGAAAUUUUGAAAUUAAUAGAGAUACAGGUGUAAUAACACUCACGGCAACACGAGAUUUGACGCAAGCAUCUUAUCUAAUCAAUGUGACUGCCAUAGAUGACAACACGUGUUGCGAUGGCCUUGGUUCCAUACACAGAAGUCAAGCUAUAGUGAUAAUUCAAGUGAAUGAUGUUAAUAAUAACAGGCCAGUAUUUCCUAACUGUGCUAACUAUAAUCCUACUGUGGCUGAAAAUUCUCCUGAAGGAACUACCGUUACCCAGGUUUUAGCAACAGAUGCAGAUGUUGGUACUAAUGGACAAGUAGAAUACAGUAUAGUUCGUAGAGAGACUGCUGAUCUCAAUUUCAGAAUUGAUCCUAAUCUUGGCAUUAUCACUACAGCUAGACGUUUUGAUCGUGAAGUGAAGCGUAUCUAUGGUAUUUCAGUUGCAGCUACAGAUCUUGCACCAGAUCCUCUUAUUGGUAUCUGUCAAAUGAAUAUUGAAAUCACUGAUGUUAAUGAUAACACGCCACACUUUGAGCAAAGAAGUUAUGAAUAUCAACUUCGUGAGGACACGCAGGUUGGAACUAGUUUUCUCCGUGUUGCGGCUCAGGAUGCUGAUACUGGUUACAAUGCUGAAAUUUCAUAUUCCUUGUCUGAUGAGGAAUACUUUAGUGUAAACAAUGCUACAGGCUGGGUUUAUGUCAAGAAUGCUAUAUAUCUAUCUCAGGAUGAUAAGAUCUACCUCAAUUUGAUGGCUACUGAUCAAAAAGGAACUGGUCGUCAAGACACAGUUCCACUUUCAAUCACAAUAUCGGACAUCAAUAAUGAACCACCAGUUUGGGAUGCUAGUACAUAUGGUCCUAUCUCCCUACGUGAAGAUGCAGCAACAGAAACAGUGGUGGCUAGAGUCAAAGCUACCUCUAUAUUAGAUGAUCCACGUGUUACGUACAGUUUAGUUCAAGGACAACGGCCAGAGAGUAAUAAUCCCAUGAGGUUUUAUAUAACUACUGAUCGAGAAGAUAAAUCGGGAGAACUCAAAGUAUUCCAUCGGUUGGAUUACGAAACUACACCUAGUUUUGAGCUGCGUAUUCGCUCUUUAAAUGCAGCCCAAGUGCCGUUGCCGUCCUAUGCUACAGUUGAGAUCAACUUGAUAGAUGUGAAUGAUAAUGUGCCAUUGUUUUCAUUGCCAAACUACGGGGCCAGCGUACCUGAGAUGUCAAUUCAAGGGACAUUUGUCUUUCAAGUUACUGCAGAAGAUGCUGAUACAGGAAGUAAUGCAGAAAUAACUUACUCAAUAAUUGAAGAUCCCGAAACAGACGAUUGGAAUUCAUUCAGAAUAAAUUCUAGAACUGGUCAGAUUUACACAACACAAAGGUUUGAUAGAGAGACGAAGGGAUCGUAUUUGAUUGAAGUCAGGUCUCAAGAUGGUGCGCCAUCGGAUCGAACAUUCGACCCUGACAAUCCCGAUGCUCCCAAUAGUGAUACUGCUGCUGUGCGUAUAGUGGUUAGUGAUAUCAAUGAUAAUGCUCCAGCUUUUGACAGUACAGAAUUUUAUGCCACAGUUGAAGAAGACAGAGAGACAGGUUUUGCCAUCACUACGGUAACAGCAACUGAUGAAGAUGAAGGUGCAAAUUCUCAGAUACGUUAUCAGAUCACUUCUGGUAACCUGGGUGGUGUUUUCAGAGUUGUACCAGAAGUGGGCCGGAUUGAGAUUGCGGCACCCUUGGAUUAUGAACAAACACGGUCCUAUGCAUUGACUUUUGUUGCCUCAGAUGGUUUAAACGAAAAUACAGCUAUAGUUAAUAUUGAUGUAGUCAAUGUCAAUGACAACCCACCAGAAUUUCAAGCUGAAUAUGUACCAUCUAUAUGGGAGGAAGACGAAAACAUUCCAGUCUAUGUUACCACAGUAUAUGCUAUUGAUCCUGACUUGGACAGUGAUGAUGAUCACAAUAUUGUAUAUAGUUUACAAGGACAAGGUGCUAAUGAGGAGUUUGUGAUUGAUCCACAUUCUGGUGUCAUUCAUGCAACCAAGGCACUCGAUCGUGAAGAUCAAGCCCAAUGGAUCUUACAAGCUGUAGCUGCAGAUGAGGAUGGUGCUGGACUUGAUGGUUUUGCAGACAUUGUUAUCUCUUUAAGAGAUAUCAAUGACAAUGCGCCAACGUUCCCCAAUGGACCUUACAUGGGAACGGUUCCUGAACACUCACUUGCAGUACCUGGUACAGGGCCUGGAACCUAUGUGAUGACAAUGGCAGCAGUAGACUUGGAUGACCCCAAUGAAGGAGAUAACGCACAAUGUACCUAUAAAAUUAUAGAGAAUGCAGAAAAGGAUGGUGAGGUUAUAUUUGCUAUUGACCCAGUUACAGCUGAAAUAACAACUCUUGUUGACUGGUUAGAUAGAGAAGAUGUACCAGUUUAUAAUAUAGUUGUGGAAGCUACUGAUGGAGGAGGACUUACAGGUUCUGCCACAGCCACAAUAGAAUUGGAGGAUAUUAAUGAUAAUGCACCAGAAUUUACGGAGGAUAAAUACUAUAGAGCUGCAUCUGAAUCCUUACUAGUUGGAGCAUCAGUUCUCACAGUCACAGCCUUAGACAUGGAUGUUGGUGUCAAUGCACAACUAGACUACAAAAUCACUGAUGGCAAUAUUGGUAACCAUUUCUACAUGUAUAAUGACAUCGCCAACAAUGUAGGAAUUAUUAAAAUCCAAGAGAUGUUGGAUUAUGAAGAUAUUACUCAGCGUCAGUUUACAUUAACAUUGGAAGUAUGUGAUCCAGAUUUCUGUGACACAGCAGAAUGUCUAAUUACUGUUGAAGAUUUCAACGAUAAUCCCCCUGUAUUUGAUCCAAACCUGUAUCAAGCAAGUGUUUAUGAAAACGCAUCACUGAAUACUAUACUGGGUACUGUAUAUGCCACUGAUGCCGACCAUUCUAGUACCAAUAAUUCUAGAUUUUAUUAUACCAUUGCUGAAUCAACGAAUCCUAAAAAUCAGUUCCAUGUUGGACCUGAAGAUGGUAUUGUGACAAUCUCUAAUGAACUUGACAGAGAAACUGUGGAAUAUCACUAUUUGACAAUACAAGCUGUAGAUUAUGGUCCCCCUAGCCUAACUGGUAAUGCCACAUUCCAAGUAACAGUUUUGGACAUAAAUGAUAAUCCACCAACAUUUGCUGAGGAUUAUAAACCAUUGGUGAUGGAGAAUACGCCGCCACCAGAGUAUGUUGUGACUAUCCGUGCAGUUGAUCCUGAUGGACCUGGCAAUCAAGGACCAUACACAUACUGGGUGGACAACUGGAACAAUAUAUUGGAUAACUUCACAUUUGAACAGAUUGGUGAUGAAGUGGAAAUUUACACUAAAAUAGACUUUGACAGGGAAGAACAAAAAUAUCAUUACAUGUCAGUAGUGAUGGCAGAUGUACACGGUUUAACUGGAACUGAAACAUUGACUAUCGAAAUUGAUGACAUGAAUGAUAAUCCUCAUUCUCCAGGAACCAAGGAAAUAUUUGUGUACAACUAUAAGGGUGAAAUGCCAGAGUUUGGUUUAGGAGAACUUAUUUCCAAGGAUCCUGACGCAUUAGACGGUGAGACGACCGAGAGUGCAGUUGGUGAAGUAUACGCCCCUGAUCCCGAUGAUAAGGAUGAUAAAUCAUAUUAUAUUGUAGGAGAUGCUCCAGACUAUUUUUGGGUGGACGAAGACACUGGUCAGACUUACAUUAAAGAAGGCUGCCCUGAUGGAGUAUAUGAAUUUACUGUGUUAGUCUCCGAUGGAGUUUGGCCAGAUCAGAAUAGUACUGUCAUUGUUACUGUCAAAGAAAUACCUGAAGAAGCUGUUAUGAGUUCAGGAUCUGUUCGCCUUGAUGAUAUGACUGCUGAGGAAUUCAUAUCUGUACCAGACAAUGGAGAAAGCAAGUUAGAAUUGUUUCAUCAGGCCUUGUCCCAGUAUCUGCCUGCUAAGUACGAGAAUAUUGAUGUGUUUAGUGUUAUCAAUGUUCCUGAUUCAAAUCCACCAUCAGUGGAUGUACGAUGGUCUGCACAUGGCUCUCCUUAUUAUCCACCAGAAUCUAUGAAUAUGCAAAUUAAGCUUAACCAGAAAGAGAUAGAAAAUUUGGUUGGUAUAACCAUAGGAAUGGUACCUGUUGAUCUGUGUUUAGGUGAAGGAGCGUGUGAAUCAUCUUGUACAAAUUUCUUUAUGGCAAGCACCAAUCCAACACUGGUAGAUGCUGGAGAUAAUACCUUGGUAGGUGUGACUACUAUACAGGAAGCAAGAUGUGUAUGCGGUGCUAGAAUCGCUGUUCAUGGUCCAUGUGCUUCGAAUCCUUGUUAUAAUGGUGGAACAUGUACAAAUACACCAUCUGGAUAUGUGUGCAAGUGCUCCAAAGGAUUUGAAGGGCCAGACUGUGAGGAUUUAAAACGUAGCUUUAGUGGCAAUGGGUAUGCAUGGUAUGAAACUUUACAGCAAUGUGGAGAGACACAUACCAGUCUGGAAUUCAUCACUGAGUCACCAAAUGGUAUCUUACUUUAUAAUGGUCCGAUGACAGAAGUGAGAGAUAAUGAACCAGAUGAUUACAUUGCAUUGGAAUUGGUCAGAGGUAUUCCAGUGUUAUAUCUGAAUUUAGGAUCUGGCACAUUAGUAUUACAAAUCGAUAAAUCACCACGCUUGGAUGAUGGAGAGUGGCACCGAAUUGAUGUGUUCAGAAAUGAGAAGAAAGUUGAAUUAAUGAUUGAUAGAUGUAACACAGCUACUGUAGCAGAAACUGAGAAUUCCAGCACAAUAGAUACAUCUUCUUGUAAAAUAGAAGGCACUACACCGGGUACAAACAAACUUCUUAACAUUAACACACCUCUCCAGCUUGGUGGAAUAAUAUUAGAACCAGAUUAUGUGUACCCAGCCGAUUAUUUACAUACAACAAAUGAUUUUGAUGGAUGUCUCAAAAAUGUAGACCAGGAUAGCAAACUUUAUGAUCUUGGAUCUCCAUCUAAAUCUCAGAAUAGUGACCAAGGAUGUAAACAAACAGACCAGCAUUGCUAUGGUAAUGGAGGAGUAUAUCUAUGUGGUAAUGGUACAUGUAUUGGCAGUUGGGAUGACUUUUUUUGUAUUUGCUUUCCUGGUUACUAUGGGGCCAGUUGCAAUAUUGAAACGCCAGCAUAUGACUUUUCCGAUGAAAGUUAUGUUACAUAUGAAUUACCGCCAACCAUACCACUAGAUGAUUACAAAUCAUACUUUCAUAUCAUGGUUCGAACAAGGCAAGAAAACGGACUGAUAUGGCAUAUGUCGGACACAAACGGAUGGGAGUAUAUAAGAUUGCUGUUGCAUGAAGGUUACCUAGUGACAACCUUCAAUCUAGGCGACACUGGCGAAGGAUUUUCAAGGAAAUUACCAAAUUAUAAAAUAAAUGAUGGAGUAUGGCAUUCUAUAAAUUUGGAACGAAAUGGUAAUCACUUCGUUGUCAAAGUUGACGGUGGUGGAGGUGUUCGUGAAAUGGAAUUUCGAAUGGGUUCAUUUUAUGAAUUGGCAGUUGAUAGCACUAGUCUUGUUCUCGGAGCACAAGUUGAUGUGCAACAAGUCACUAUGGACUUUAUAGGCUGUAUGAAAGAUCCCAGGAUAAGUAAUGUAUACUUAGGUAUGGAUGGAGAUAUGGAUGGUACUUCAGCAACACUAUCUGAAGGUGUAUCAUCGGGCUGCUUUUCUAACGUGUGCGACAGUGAUCCUUGCAUGGAGCCACUGAUAUGUUUUGAUAUUUGGAGAGAAUACAUCUGCAGAUGUCCAGUAGGAGAAGAAUUCCUUAAUGGCACUUGUAUUGAGAUAGAUGAAUGUUUAAGUGAUCCUUGUUUGAAUGGUGGUGCCUGUAUAGAUGGUGUCAAUGGAUAUAUAUGUAUCUGUCCUGAAGGUUAUAGUGGUAUACACUGUGAGCAAUUAAUGGUGUUUGCAUAUGUAGGGGCUACAGCUACACUAAGCAUGGGUGCUGGCAUAGCUAUACUCAUCUGCCUUCUUUGCUUAAUUAUAUUGGUGCUUGUCUGCAUCGUUUAUAAGCGUAGAAGAGAGAAAAAUGUACUGGGAUAUAUGGAUUAUCCAGAAGAUGAUAUCCGGGAAAAUAUGAUAGUUUACGAUGACGAAGGUGGUGGCGAAGGAGAUCAAGAUAUGUAUGACAUCAGACCUUUGAGUAAACCAGUAGAUAGCGAUAGUCCUGUUAACACUGAUAAGAAACCACUCAUACCAAAGGAAGCACCUGUAAGAACCAUGGCAGUUCCACCACCACAAGAACAUCCACCACCACAGAAAGACGCACCAAGAAGGAGAGCACCCCCUAAAGGUGAUAGCCCUGAUGUUGGUGAUUUCAUUAACGAUCGGCUUGGCGAUGCUGAUGAUGAUCCCAAUGCACCACCUUAUGACACUUUACAUCUCUACGAUUAUGAAGGCGAGGGAUCAACAGCUGGGAGUCUUAGCUCAUUGAAUACAAGUAGCAGUUCUGAACCAGAACAAGAUUACGGAUACCUGAAAGAUCUCGGACCACCAUUUCAAAAACUUGCUGACAUGUAUGGUGGUGCAGAUUCUGAUUAAUACUUGACGUGGAAUGGAAUGGAUGUGGUUCUGUUGAUUGUCACUCUAAGAACAUCAUCACUAGCUGCCUGCAGUAUGAAUCAAAUAAUGCUGAAAUACUUUUUAUGAUUGAAACAAAGAAGCUCAGUUCAUUUAUUACUAUCGUCUUCCGUGCCUUUAUUCUUAGUUUUCUCCUCAAACAGCUCUAGUUAUUUUUUUUACAUUUACAAAAAAAUUGCCAAAGAUAUCCUAAUUUUUCCUAUCUUUCCUAAUUUUCCCACCUUUCAUGUAUUAUUAAAGUGGAAAGAUGCAAUACUUAGUGAAGCGUGCCAAAUAUAUUUAUAAUAGCUAAUAUAAUGUUUUUGUUGAGAUGUUUUUAUUAGUUGAUAGUGUUAUAUAGACCAAUUAGUACAUAGGGGUAUAAACAUGUAUGCAUGGUCUCACGACAUCACCAUGUGUAUGGUCACGUUUCCAUCUGCAAUAUUGCUAAGUAAACCAUCCUUAUAUAUAAAUUUAUUUUAUUUGCAGUUAACACUUCAGUAUUAAUAUUUUAAUAGUUUAAUUUUAUGUAAUAUUAUAAUUAAAUAUUGUAAGAUUUGUUUUUAUAAAUCAUUAUUUGUGCUAUAAAAGGUACAACUUCAUUAAAUCGGGUGCUAUUUUAUUAUGAAAAGCUCAAUUUUGAUCUUCAGCUCAAUUGUUGACUUAAUCGAUCGAGCGGAGAUGUUCAUAUUACUGAUUGUCCGUCAUCGUCCGUUGGUGUUAACUUUUUAUAUUUCGACUUCUUCUCGAAAAUGGCAAAUCCACUUGCUUUUAUACUUGGUAUACAUGUACCUAGGUAGACCUCCAUCAGAUUUCCUCGUUUUGUGAUAUCUUCAAAAUAUCUUAAUAUUUUUGUCAUUUUGGGUAAAAAAAUAUAUGCUAUUUUUGACUUUAUCAUGAAAACGGCUAGUCCAAUUGCUUUGAUAUUUCAUAUGGAGAAACCUUGAAUGGAACUUUGUCAGUUUUGUUCAAUUUGUGACGAUACCUACAAUUUUCAAAUUUAGUGAAUAUUGCUAUUUUCAACUAUACAGCGGAGCUAUAUCAGCUGACAUGCUGCCUGUUUGAAUAAUUUAACUGUUGUUAAAUACCAUUAAGUUUGUAGACUUAUUAGGAGGUUAUCCUUAUUUUAUUAAACGAUCAAGUUAGAGGUUUAAAGUAUUUGAAAAAAAAGAAAGAUUUAUCAUGUAAGCAACUCAUUUUUGCCAAAUUCAGGUGUUUGCUCUAUUAGAAGGUCAUCUCUAUUGAAGCGCACAUAAACCAACAAUUUUUUGCAAUUUUUUGUAUGCUUGAUCAUUACAUUAUGUCAUAAUAAUCGACUAUCAAUGACUCAUUUACAAAAGUUUAUGCACUACUAAUAAAGCAAAAACAGUUCAUCUAAUCUAAGUUUGAAACAAUCCUAGAAGGGAAAUGAUAUAUUUUAUUGUUGCUGCCAUAUCUUAGUAUAUAAUCCACAAUGCAAAGAUUCUGAUAUCUCUAAAAAUCUUAUUUGAUUUUUUUCUGAUUGAACUGCUGCACUGUCCUCUAUUUCUGA